AUGUGGACGUCAGCAAUGCAUGCGUCUUUGAGUGACGCGCUGCAUGCACUUCCACCGCCCACACCAGGCACUUGGAGUGCACAGACACUCCUGCGCCUGCGGACCUGUGCGGCUCUCUGCACAGCGCUCGCACGCGCGCGGAACGCCGGUGCGAAGGACGCGGACUUGGCCCGCAUCGUGUACGCAACCUACUUGCACGUCACUACGACUCUGAUAUCCGAUGCACAGGCACUCGAAGAGGCCGAGGCGUACUGGCGCCGCGUAACGCGCGACCACAUGCGUGCGGGACUUUUGUGGCUGCAAACGUUGCCGGAGCGACUCGUGUGGGGCCGUCGGCAGACGAAAUGGAUCGGCCUUCAUGGCGUGCGUGCAGAGGCGGAAGCCAAGUGUGAACGACUUCAUCGUGCGUAUGAAGCAACGGCGCGCGCGCUCGGUGCACUGGCAAUCGCUUGGCACACCUCGUCGUCGUCCAACUUGUCCAUGUCGGAGCGGGCAAAAACGCUAUGCAAAGAAGGAUGGCUCGCUCUUUCAUCGGAUCUACCCUCUCGGCCCAAGGAUCACCUAUCUCAUACCACGGCUGCAUUCCUCGAUGCUGUCGUGACGCACGAGGCAGGUGUGUCGCGUGUGCUGCGGGCGUGUGGAAUACCCAGCGUGAUGACACACGCAUGGCCCCUGCUGAUUGUAUACCCCCUUGUGUCGUGGGGUGCAACCAGUCUCGUGUACCGCCAUUGGACACAGAUCACCACACAGAUGGCAGCUGCUUGGGAGACUGUGCAAGGGCUUGUGGUCGGAUGGGUGUAUGUACCGGCGUUGCGCCUCCUUGAUACACUGCGCGCUGGGCGGAAAGAGCGUGCGCUUCUCGUCCGCCGCGAGAGUCUCGCUGCCGAUGAGCAGAGCCUCGAGCGCAUGGUCGAGUCGCUAGGCCGCGACACGCUCCAGCUCGAUCCGGCGGCCCUCGCUGACUUGGCGGCUCGCACGCGCGCCGGCGACUUGACGCCCGUCUGGCAGGUGUAUGAGGCGGCGAUGCGCUCACCGGUCCGCGGCUUUGUCUCUGGCUCGCUCGUGCGUACAUUGCUGAUCCACGUGCAAAAGGCGAAAGUCGACUUGGAGAUCGCGCUAAGCGGCAUCGACUGGCUCCUAAAGUCGCAGGAACUCCUGCUGGGAGCCGUCGGCUUGGCCCCUGCCCUGGGUCUCGUAUACGUCUUGUACGCGAGCGUCCGUGGCAGUGUGCGCUGGCUGUGCCAGAAGCCCGCUUCUCUCCGUGCAUCCAGCACGACCCAACUGCGCAUGGAUGCUUGGCAAGCGUUGCGCCGUGCGGAUGCUCGCUGCUGCUACUGCCGCUGCGCAUCCUCCGCCUCCUCCAGCCAUGGCCCAGUUGAUGCGAACGACCCGGCGAGCUCCCGCUCCAUGGCGCUCCUGUAUGGCCGCUUGCUCCUUGAUCUGCGUGUGCUACGUACGUCCCUAGCCGCUCUGAUCAAGCAUGCAUGCCAUGGCGAUCGCCUUGUUCAUGCGCGCCUGCUCAGCGAGGCAGAUGCUGAUCUGCAAGCGCUUGAAUGUGCCGACGCAUGGACGGACCGUGCCAAUGUUGUCGCACGCAUGUGGCGCUCGUGGGGGCACCUAAUUAGCGUGCAGUAA